AUGACCGCCCCAUACCACCUACCACCCAACAUCCACGCCAAUCGGAAAAUAUGCGUGUUAAAUAUGUAUGCGCUGUUAGAUUGCCGCACAACAGAGGAUUCCGUGCUUUGUCGGGCAAAACCCAUCUUCGCGACGGAACCUGUUAGAGAUAACGUCAUAAAGUCGCCGAAGCAAAGAGCCGGACUAACAUCUUUGCUGUUGCGAUGCCCUCACCUCGGGAUAAUGGACCACCCCCCUCCCGCCCCGCGCACAGAACCGCCCCCCCUUAAACCCCCCAGCGAAUUUACUUAA